AUGGUGUGUUGUUUGAAUGGAGAUAUGUGCAGGGGGAAGGAAGAAACGGGGCGCAUCGUCUGUACAGAGGUGUAUGCACGGGUAGGGAGAAACGGGCUGUGUGUGAGGGAGGUGUAUGCAGGUACCGUAGUCCGCUCAUGUCCUCUCCCUUCCCACCGGCCAGUCAUCUCGCAAUCCCCAUGCCGCCCAUCCCUCAGUCUCCCAGUGUUCACAACUCACCUCCCCUGCCCUUGGCCGCAUUCCCCCUCAGCUCUCCCCUCAUUGCACCAGCCAUUCCCCCUCCACUCAUCCCUCAUUCCCUUUGCGUUUAUCCCUCUUGCCCUCUGCGCUCAUCCCUCUUCCCUCUUUCCCCCUGUUCUCCCCUCUUUCCCCCUGUGCUCCCCUCUUUCCCCCUGUGCUCCCCUCUUUCCCCCUGCGCUCCCUUCUUUCCCCCUGCGCUCCCCUCUUUCCCCCUGCACUCCCCUCUUUCCCCCUGCGCUCCCCUCUUUCCCCCUGCGCUCCCCUCUUUCCCCCUGCGCUCCCCUCUUUCCCCCUGCGUUCCCCUCUUUCCCCCUGCGCUCUCCUCUUUCCCCCUGCGCUCUCCUCUUUCCCCCUGCGCUCUCCUCUUUCCCCCUGCGCUCUCCUCUUUCCCCCUGCGCUCCCCUCUUUCCCCCUGCGCUCCCCUCUUUCCCCCUGCGCUCCCCUCUUUCCCCCUGCGCUCCCCUCUUUCCCCCUGCGCUCCCCUCUUUCCCCCUGCGCUCCCCUCUUUCCCCCUGUGCUCCCCUCUUUCCCCCUGCGCUCUCAAAUUUCCCCUGCGCUCUCCUCUUUCCCCCCGCGCUCCCCUCUUUCCCCUACGCUCCCCUCUUUCCCCCUGCGCUCCCCUCUUUCCCCUACGCUCCCCUCUUUCCCCUACGCGCCCCUCUUUCCCCCUACACUCCCCUCAUUCCCCUACGCUCCCCACUUUCCCCCUACGCUCCCCACUUUCCCCCUACGCUCCCCUCUUUCCCCCUACGCUCCCCUCUUUCCCCCUACGCUCCCCUCUUUCCCCCUAUGCUCCCCUCUUUCCCCCUACGCUCCCCUCUUUCCCCCUACGCUCCCCUCUUUCCCCCGCUCCCCUCUUUCCCCCUGCGCUCCCCUCUUUCCCCCUGCGCUCCCCUCUUUCCCCCUGCGCUCCCCUCUUUCCCCCUGCGCUCCCCUCUUUCCCCCUGCGCUCCCCUCUUACCCCCCACGCUCCCCUCUUUCCCCCUACGCUCCCCUCUUUCCCCCUACGCUCCCCUCUUUCCCCCUACGCGCCCCUCUUUCCCCCUACACUCCCCUCAUUCCCCUACGCUCCCCACUUUCCCCCUACGCUCCCCACUUUCCCCCUACGCUCCCCUCUUUCCCCCUACGCUCCCCUCUUUCCCCCUACGCUCCCCUCUUUCCCCCUAUGCUCCCCUCUUUCCCCCUACGCUCCCCUCUUUCCCCCUAUGCUCCCCUCUUUCCCCCUACGCUCCCCUCUUUCCCCCUACGCUCCCCUCUUUCCCCCGCUCCCCUCUUUCCCCCUGCGCUCCCCUCUUUCCCCCUGCGCUCCCCUCUUUCCCCCUACGCUCCCCUCUUACCCCCCACGCUCCCCUCUUUCCCCCUACGCUCCCCUCUUUCCCCCUACGCUCCCCUCUUUCCCCCUACGCUCCCCUCUUUCCCCCUACGCUCCCCUCUUUCCCCCUGCGCUCCCCUCUUUCCCCGUGCACACAACCAUUCUCCCUGCGUUUACCAAUCAUUCCCCAGGCUGAUGCCUAA